CCUUGUCGUUCAGCUUUGGAGGAAUCAUCACGACUCUAUCUCCGGCGCCACCUUCACCAGAAACAGUUUCUACUCCGCCGCUGACCGACUUUGCAACUCUUCCAUUAGCAGUCGGAAGAAUGCCUAAGGUGAAGACAAAUCGUGUUAAAUACCCAGAAGGAUGGGAACUCAUAGAACCAACUCUUCGUGAAUUACAGGGAAAGAUGAGGGAAGCUGAGAAUGAUCCACAUGAUGGGAAGAGAAAAUGUGAGACCCUGUGGCCUAUUUUCAAAAUUGCACACCAGAAGAGUCGCUACAUCUUUGACCUUUACCAUCGUAGGAGAGAAAUUUCAAAGGAAUUGUAUGAGUUUUGCUUGGAUCAAGGAUAUGCUGACCGUAAUAUCAUUGCCAAGUGGAAGAAGCCUGGCUAUGAACGACUUUGCUGUUUAAGAUGCAUUCAACCACGUGAUCACAACUUCCAGACAACAUGUGUUUGUCGAGUCCCCAAGCACCUACGGGAGGAAAAGGUUAUAGAAUGUGUGCAUUGUGGUUGCAAGGGCUGUGCAAGUGGAGAUUGACCGCUUAUCUUGCACCAACCAUCUAUAGGUACUGCUGAUGCUCUCAUGUUUUGGUAGUUGCCAUCAUCAUAUGUAUUAUCGUCAAACAUAAUUGAACCAUAUCACUUGUUUGAGCAUUGUUAACCAUGUUUUACGGGCUAAUGUUUGGUAUAAAAUGGUCAUGUCAUAUAUGCU